CGGAAAGGAGAUAUUGUGCCACUGUCAACAACCAUACGGGCUCAGAAUCUCUCUCUCCCCCCUUCACUCAUCUCCCUCUACUCCAUUUUCUCGGCUUCUCAUUUUCCUUCAAUUUCAGUUCCCAGAUUCUUGUUUCGUUUCUCAGAUGCUGCACUGAAACGUUUCAGACGCAUUCUUCAAUUGUCAAUAUCGCCGUCUCGAAGUAGUCUUCCUCUUUGAGGUUUAUUGAUUUUAAAUGGGAACGCUCACGGGCUGUAGUUUUACACCCGUGCUUUUCAAUUUUUUGCUGUCAAUCCCUCGUUCCGAUGCCUACAGAGAGAGAAUUCGACUCCCGGAGCUUAGAAAAUCUAGGAAGUCAUGUUUCUUGUGCAGAGAAAGUUUGUAUAAGCUGAAAAGGACGGGUUCGUGUACAAAUUUUGGUGAGUUUAGGUGUUUUAGUGCUAACAAUGAUAGUAAUGGCAAUGGAGAGAGUAGUGACUCAUCGAGAGAUUCAAACGCGAAGGCAACAAAGACGGCACUGCCUGAACAACCCGCAGAAGAGUUCGAUUCGGAUAAAACGGCUCCGCCUGCUUCUGUUUCUUCAAGGCCACAAAACAUAUCUCCGGUCAGACCAGUUUACAACAACUUCCAAGUUGACUCUUUUAAACUGAUGGAACUCCUUGGACCAGAGAAGGUUGAUCCUGCUGAUGUAAAGUUGAUUAAGGAAAAACUUUUUGGCUAUUCUACAUUCUGGGUUACUAAAGAAGAGCCGUUUGGAGACCUUGCCGAGGGCAUCCUUUUCCUUGGGAAUUUAAGGGGGAAGAGAGAAGAGGUGUUUGCCAAACUUCAGAGUCAGCUGGUUGAGGUCACUGGUCAUAAAUACAACCUUUUUAUGGUCGAAGAACCCAAUUCAGAAGGACUGGAUCCUCGUGGUGGCCCACGGGUUAGCUUUGGAUUGCUGCCUAAAGAGGUUUCAGAACCAGGGCCAACUACACUUUGGCAGUAUGUGAUUGCUCUCUUGUUAUUCCUUCUAACCACUGGGUCCUCUGUGGAGUUAGGAAUUGCGUCUCAGCUCAAUCGACUUCCUCCAGAGGUAGUAAAGUACUUUACAGAUCCAAAUGCCACUGAACCACCAGAUAUGGAACUGCUAUUUCCAUUUGUGGAGUCGGCUUUGCCUCUAGCUUAUGGUGUCUUGGGAGUUCUGUUGUUUCAUGAAGUUGGGCAUUUUCUGGCUGCUUUUCCAAAGAAAGUACAGCUCAGCAUUCCUUUUUUCAUUCCCAACAUUACCCUUGGCAGCUUCGGUGCAAUUACUCAAUUCAAAUCUAUUCUUCCUGAUCGAAGUACAAAAGUAGACAUAUCAAUUGCUGGUCCAUUUGCUGGUGCCGCACUGUCUUUAUCAAUGUUUGCUGUUGGGCUAUUGCUCUCCUUAAAUCAAGAUGCUGCGGGAGAUUUGGUGCAGGUUCCAAGCAUGUUGUUUCAAGGUUCUUUGCUUCUUGGACUCGUCAGUAGAGCUACUCUUGGUUAUGCAGCCAUGCAUGCUGCAACAGUUUCGAUUCAUCCUCUUGUAAUUGCAGGAUGGUGUGGCUUGACAACAUCAGCUUUCAAUAUGCUACCAGUGGGAUGCCUUGAUGGUGGAAGAGCUGUGCAGGGUGCUUUUGGUAAAAAUGCUCUCAUUGGUUAUGGUUUGACAACUUACACGUUGCUUGGAUUGGGAGUGCUUGGUGGACCUUUGUCACUUCCUUGGGGACUAUAUGUGCUAAUAUGUCAGAGAAAUCCAGAAAAACCAUGUUUAAAUGACGUGACAGAUGUCGGAACAUGGAGGAAAACUCUUGUUUUGUUGUCUAUUUUCCUUGUCGUCUUCACACUUCUUCCUGUAUGGGAUGAGCUUGCGGAGGAGCUAGGUAUAGGUCUUGUAACUACGUUUUGAUGUGUAACACUAUAAGAGCAAAGUGAAUUUUUUAGCGUAGAUCACUGAUCAUCAAGUGAUAGCUAUGAACAAUCUGUAUACAAACUUUGUAAUUAUUCUUUCUUUUCUCAUUUAAUGUUCUCAUUAUAUCUUCUCCAA